UAGAAAUGAAGAGAGAGCUGAGAGAGCUAUGUAUCGUGUAUACCCGCUUCACCAGCAAGGACGGGAUUCCGGACCCUCAAACCCAAACCCUACUCGCAUCUCCUUGAGACACACUUGUUACUCUAUCAGCUCCCCAGCAAUGGCGAGGAAGCGAAAGCUCCAGUCCAAACCCGCCGGGGCAGCCCAACCCCCGAAAAAGCAACAGCAGCAGCAUAAGCAGAAAGAAGAGGAUCGUACCCACUUCCAAGCCGAGGAAGACCCGGAAAACGUCGAAUACGAAGAAGAAGAGGAGGAAGAGGCCGAAGAAGAAGAAGAAGAAGACGAAGAUCCAUAUAAACCCCAGAAUGCCGACAAUCAGGUGGCGAACACCUCCACGUCAGCCGCUCCUGCGACUUCGGGGAGAGAUCGAUACGGCGAGGAUGAUGACGACGAGCUCAUACAGAAGGUUCUUGAACCGUUUAGCAAGGACCAGAUUAUAAACCUGCUCUGCGAAGCAGCGGAUAAGCAUCCGGACGUGGCGGAUCGGAUACGAAAGGCUGCGGACGAGGACCCGGUACAACGCAAGAUCUUUGUCCACGGCCUCGGGUGGGACACGAACGCCGAUACCCUCUCCAACGUGUUCAAGCAGUUCGGCGAGAUCGAGGAUUGCAAGGCCGUGUGCGACAAGGUCUCUGGCAAAUCCAAGGGCUACGGUUUCGUCCUCUUCAAGACCCGCAGCGGGGCCCGGAAGGCCCUCAAGCAGCCCCAGAAGAAGAUCGGCAACCGGAUGACCGCAUGCCAGCUGGCCUCGAUCGGCCCGGUCCCACAGCCGAGUGCUACCGCGGCGGCCCCCACGCCGCCCUUGUCGGAAUAUACGCUGAAGAAGAUAUACGUGAGCAAUGUUGGGGCUGAUUUGAAUCCUCAGAAGCUGCUUACGUUCUUCUCCAAGUAUGGAGAAAUUGAGGAAGGGCCGUUGGGGCUCGAUAAGGCGACGGGGAAGCCCAAGGGGUUUUGUUUGUUUGUGUACAAGACGGUUGAGAGCGCCAAGAAGGCUCUGGAAGAGCCGCACAAGAAUUUUGAGGGCAAUGUAUUGCACUGCCAGAAGGCUAUUGAUGGUCCGAAGCAGAACAAGUCGAACCCUCACAACGCGCAAUUACAUAGAAAUGAGAACCCCGGUUUUGUUGGUGGAGCCGCUGCGGCCGCGGCCGCACCGGGUCACUUGAUGGCUCCGCCACCUACUGGGGCGGGGAUUGGGUUGAACCCUGCGCUUGGGCAGGCAAUAACGGCAUUGCUUGCAAGUCAGGGUGCUGGGUUGGGCCUGACUAAUCUGUUGGGGACGCUGGGAUCGGCUGCAGCCAUGAACCCAGGUGUGCCCGCAGCUGCUGCGGGGCACGCUUAUACGAACCAGGCAAAUAUAAUCGGAGGGUAUGGGAAUCAAGGGGGAAUGCAGGGUGGAUACCCCAACCAGCAAGCUGGACAAGGUGGUUCCGGAAGAGGCCAGCAUGGUGUCGUGCAAUAUGGUGGCGUUCCACCUUACAUGGGGCACUAGGUAUCCCUGAGGUCAGGGGCCCAAGGACACCUCAGCCUAACCCAGUCAACACGAAGGUAGCAGAUAAGUGCCGGCAUGGUCAAGUCAGCCAACAAGAAGAUGAGUGAAGAUCAGCAUGUGUGAAGAUAAGAAGAUUACUGUAGAUCAAUAAAGGGUAGCUCAUCAGAUUGGCUACUAGUAGUUAUCAUUUCCUUUAUCAUAUUUGUUUGCUUAUUAUCACCAGUUACGUAGUUAUCUAAUUAUGAUUAGUUUGUUAGAAGCCGUAGUAUAAGAUGCAGAAUGAUAGAAUAUCGUAAGGUGGAAUGAUAGCAUCCCACGGAGGAGCCCAAGGACACCUCAGCCUAAGCCAGUGAACAUGAAGGUAGCAGAUAAGUGCCAACGUGAUCAAGUCAGCCAACAAGAAGAUGAGUGAAGAUCAAUGAGCGUGAAGAUAAGAAGAUUAUUGUAGAUCGAUAAAGGGUAGUUCAUCAGAUUGGCUAUCAGUAGUUAUUAUUUCCUUUAUCAUAUGUAUUUGCUUAUUAUCACCAGUUACCUAGUUAUUUUAUUAUCAUUAGUUUGUUAGAAGCCGUAGUAUAAGACGAGGAGUCGAGUAGUUAGGGGAUCAUUGAGAAUUGUAAUCAGACACACUUGUCUUGUGGUUUGUCUCCAGCCCUAAUUGAAGUUCACUAUCAAUAUAAUUUCCAUCUAUUUCCAUUUA